UUGAUUUGGCCCCGUCGAUAAUGUGGAAACGCUGCCCCAUAAUGGGAAGUAUUAAAAGAACAUUGACCAGGGGCUCUGUACAGACAGUGUCAUGUUACGUCAAUGUUUUAAUCUAACCGAAACGUCUAAACGCGCUUAGCUCAAAGGAAGCCGAGAGGCAGCGUCGGUCCCUCAUCGAACGAAACGGGGAUGAAACGGUUCAUUUCCAGACAUGCUGCUCUUCCCACUUUUCAGAGGAGGAGCUCAGACACUGAGGGGCCGUCCACACUGCAAUAGACCCCCGCGGCGCCACGUCUCAGAGCCCGGGUUAACUCAUUUGGGCUCAGAGCUCAGGACGGUCCACAUGGCUGUUCCUAGCCCCGUGCCAUCAGCCUGAAUCAGUUGACCCAGCCUCUGAGCCUCGCUGCCGUGGUUUUUUGCAGUGUGGAUGUACCCUACCCUGCAUUGUAAACCUGGGUCUGUGGUGUCGGGGUUUCCAAGCCUGUGCUUGAGCGUCCACACACUGCUUUGUAAACCUGGGCUCUCAGUCGCUGGACCUGGGUCUCGCUAACGUCCAGAUGGCACUGCGUCCACACUGCGAAAUGGCAGGGCUCGGACCGAGUCACUGGGAGGCUUGGGCUCCGACCCACCCCACUAACAGGGUCCUAGGCCCUGGGUCCCGGCUGACUUGACUCAGGCUGAUCUGUGUGUGGACAGAGGAAGGGCUCGGGCUCAAACCAGAGUCAGAGCCUGGACUGGGUGUGCAGUGUGGACAUACCCUAGGGUCCCACAGGGAGCCUGUGACGGAGCAGGGGACCUACCCAGCAUCAUUCCCUAACCCUGUCUACAGCCCUGGGCACCACAGGAAGUUCUUGGUGAACUGGCUGGAGAUCAGAGAAGUGCAGUAGAGCUGGUGGAUGGAUCACUGGUUUACCAGGCAGGGCUAAAGCGGCAUCUGGAUCAAUGAUGCCCAAGGGCAGUUCUGAGCCAAGGGGGAAUUGAGUGUAUCAAUGCCAUGGGGGGAGGGAUGGUUUUGGGGAGUCCACAGGCGUAUUACUAGGAAUCCUGGGUACAAAGCGCCCCCCAGACACAGGCAUGUGCACAUAACCUCACCCCCCAGGUAUGCACAGAGCACGCGGGGCGCUUGGGGAGGGGAAGACACACGGGAUGUGGGUGAGGGGCAUCGCUCUCAGCUGGCCUCGUUCCACACCGACCGCCCCCCACCCCUCGCUCUGAUUGGUUCGAAUGGUUGGCCUCAGAAAGAAAGGGGAGCUCGGUGACAGAAGAAGCCGUUUAUACCCAGGGCAGGAAUCCCAGCACGUCAUGUGCUGCCGGCCUGGGGGAGGUUUGGCUCUGUCCCAACCUGAGGGGCACGGCGAGGGACCGUUUGUGUGAAUAGGGCCAUGUGAGGGGGCGUCCGUGGGAGCGGUAUGUACAGACACCCACCGUGGGGGUGGAUAGACCCGUGUGUAGCUGAGGGCUCCGUGUGUGAGCUGUGACCUGCUGGGUGACCUGGGGUCAGUCACAGCCCUGCUCCGUGCCUCAGUUUCCCCUCCCGCCCAUUGUCUGUCCUGUUUAGACUGUCAGCUCCCGGAGGGCAGAGUCUCCCUCUCCCUGGGCGUACAGCACCCUGCAUGCCAGGCCCCGAGCUUUGGCCGAGGCCUCUAGAUGUUCCUGGAAUACAAAGAACAAACAAUAAUUCAGGCCACAAAUUUGAGGGCCAAAACUUUGCGUUAGGAGAUCCCUGGCACGCUCUGUCCUCCCUCUCUCCGCAGGGCACUGCCCCGCUGCCCUAGCCCCCCCCGGCGUAACCCCGGCCGCUCCCCCCCUUCCUACACGGAGAGUGGUUGAGCUGCUCUCUUUAUGGUGACCAUGUUUUUAAAGCUGCCUUUUGUUUCCAGGGCCCUGGCGUGAGACCCCCGGCUGCUAGCGGGGCCCCUCCAUGUACUACUUCAGCGGGGGCGUGCACACCCUCGGCAGCAUGAACCCCCUCUCCCUGCUCUACAGCCUGCACCAGCUGCCGCCCGCCCCGGCCCCCCAGCCCUCCUCCCUGCGUGCAGUGAGCGUGGUGGAUCGGCUAGCAGAGCUCCUGCUGGAAGCGCGCUACGGGAUCCCCCAGAAGCAGCGCCGGAGCCGCACGGCAUUCACCGGCCACCAGGUGGAGGCGCUGGAGAGAGCCUUUGAGAAAACCCAGUACCCCGACGCGGUGACCAGAGAGCGGCUGGCCGUGCUCGUCAACCUGCCCGAGGCCAGGGUCCAGGUGUGGUUCAAAAACCGCCGAGCCAAGUUCCGCAAGGGCCAGCGCCAGCAGCCGGACCAGGGGGAGGCCGUGAGCCCCAGGGGGGCAGAUGGCGCCGCGGGGCGCUCCCUGUUGGGGCCGAGGCUCCGGCCCGUGGCCGAGGGCAACCCGCCAGGAGCAGAGCAUCUCCCGGCCUCUGCGAAGAAGGCCCCGGGUGGCGCGGCGCUACCUUCCCGGUAUCCCCCAGGCGACCUUCCGCCAGCGCCCAGCAGGAUUUGGCCUCUGGAGGGGACGUGGCCGGGGACAGAACUCAAAAGCGGAGGCCUCGCUGGGCCGAGGAGUGACCUGAGCCUGAGUUACCUGCCGGCAUUCCCUUUCCCGCCCUACUGGCUGGCUGGGUAGGGUCCCCGGCCGGCCGGAGCGACCCAGACACCUGCCCGGAGCCAGGCGAGCUGGGGCUGCCCUGGUGCCGUGCCAGACCAGCUCGUCCCGUUCCCUGAUCACCACACCAGGCCCACCCCGACCUGCCUUGAGCCCACGAGCCCCCCGUCGGGCUGAGCUGAGACCCAGCGGAGUCGUGUCACCCGUGUGAACUCCCACCAGGGCAGGAGCCCAGCAGCGAUGGCUGGGCAUGGGGGGUUUCCUUCCCCGCAAGCUCCAUGCUGACGUGGGAUGGGGAUGGGGGUUCGUUCGUGGCCGAAUAGACUCUCUGUGUGUCACAA